UCAGCUGGGACAGGGGGCCUGGUGGGCCAGGGAUGGGGUCCCUGGGCACAGCACUGCUCCUGCUACUGCAGCUCUGGGCCCUACAAGGAGCCACAAGCCUGCACGUGCACCAGGAGCCCAAGUUGCUGCGGGUUCAGCAGGGCACUCAGGUGACCCUGGCCUGCCAAGUGACACAGGCCCAGGCCUGGGAACAACUCAGGGUCGGAUGGACAAAGGACGGUGACAUCUUGUGUCAGCCAUACAUCACCAAUGACAGCCUAAGCCUGGGGGUCUGCGGGCCCCGGGGCCACCUCUCCUGGUGGGCACCUGGGGUUCUCACCCUGUGGCUGGACCAUGUGACCCUCAAUGACAGCGGGGACUAUGUGUGCUGGGCGGUCAUAGAGAUUCCUGAGUUGGACCAGGCCGAUGGCAACGGGACACAGCUUCUAGUGGAUGCAGAUUUCUUCUCUGCAGACCCCACGCUGAACGCGAACCUGACCUCCAGCUUCCCAGGAAAUCCACUGUACAGCAACGUCCUGUUCCGGCCUCGGGGCUCCCCAAAGAAGAAUGAGGCCGGGCCUGGAGAGGGGAAGGUGCAGGCCACCCCCGGGAAGGACCAGAAAGGCCAGAGCAUCUAUUCAACCUCUUUUCCCCAGCCUGUCCCCCACUACCCGAAUCAGACCCCUAAACCUUGCCCCAGCCCGGAGCCCAGUCACUAUGUCCCCAUGGCCAGGGUCUCUCCCGGCCCAAGCCCCGCUGGGCAGCCAAGGCCGAGAGGGCUCCCUGAAGUGGGGCACUCAAAGAGGACCCCACCACCGGUGGCUACGUGAGGGUAUGACUGCUUCCAGGGGGUACAGCAGCCCUGUCCUGAGACCCCUGUCCUCAUUUCUAUGAUGAUAGAUCCCCCUUCCCUGAACACUCAAUAAAGACCCAUGAAUAAAGCAAA